AUGGCGUCUAAAGUGGAACACAAGGUUCGGAAGAACGUGGGUCUGAUGUCCUUCGGCGCUGCCACUCAGAUAUCCUCUCCGCUGACUUUGGACUGUCGGGUGAUGCAUGUGGAGCUAGUCUCCCAUGACACUACGUUACUUGUUUUGUCACCUGUGUCUGGGCCGGUUAUUGUGCCACAGGGACACCAUAUUAGAGUUCACCAUAAAAUAAACGAUAAAGAGUGUAUACGUUCAUACACCCCAGUGGGAGAUGGGUGGGACAAUUUUGGCGGUGACCUGAGGGCAUUGAUAUUGGGGAUUAAGAGAUAUGAUACAGGGGACCUAUCACCGUACCUCACGUCCUCACGUCACGAAGUUGGGUGA